GCUUACUAGAAACGGCUUAGAGGUCGGUCCAAAGCAUAUUUGAGCUCAGGAGGAUUUCUACGUAUUUGUAGACACAACGACAUAGAUUUGUUUAGUCAACAUGCUUCAUCCGGAAAGAGGAAAUUAAACACCAUUUGUUGUCAGUUUGGUUGUCGCUGCACUCUUCUGAAUUGCCAUGAUGAUUCUUUCCAUAAGAAAGAAGCUACACAGGCUUCAAGAAUAAUGAAGAAACUGAUAUUUUCCUACGCCUAACAUCAUUUUGUAACUUCCAGUGAGACUUUAAGGAGAAGACAUUGGCCAUUUGAUAUCCUUUUAGUAGAUAACUUGGCAGACAAACUCAAAUGAGGACUGAGGUAUGCUUUAUCUUUCUGAUAUGUGUGGGCAAUUACAUGUUUCUCUUCUGCUCAUCAUAAUGUUCUUCUAUGCACCGGAUGGACCUGCAGUCAAGUUUUUUUUUACAAACAAGCUAGAAUUGCUUGGUUAUGAUGGAUUUAUGGAUACCUUUUCUGCUAUACUCUAAUUGGAGGUUGCAUUUUUUUUUUUUUUAAACUUGAACUGACAGUCAUUAUCAACUUUAUCUUCACGGCUUCACCUGCUCUGGGAUGGUCUACGUCGAAUAAUUUGCAUAUAUUUUAAGGGUAGUGGUUAAUAUGUCUGGUAGAGUUAUUUUCUAUGAUUAGUUCUCCAUUCUGCUUAUUGUGCGCGGUUGCUCUUUCAUUUUUAACCGUUAAUUGCGAUUCAUUAUCAUAUUUUUCUUCACCUGCUAUAGCAUGGCAAGUGUUUUCUAUGUAUGUGUAGACACAGUUGAAAUAGGUACAUACCCAAAUUCAGACAUAACAUACAAACAUUUUGAUCUAGAACAUCAUCUCUACAUACCAAUAUAUGAGUGUGUGAAUAGAUGCCUCCUGCUUAAGAUCAUUUGAAGAAACAUAUCUGAAAAUUGGAAAAGCUGAUUUGUUUGAAAGUUUCAGCUAUCAAUAAAUUUGUGUAAAAACCAGGUCGUUAAAAUGCAUAAUAUGCUUGUCUUUUAAUACAUAAGUACUUAUUUAAUAUUGUGGGGGAAAUUGUGGUGGCGUGGACUAUUUCUUGCAUAGUGAAAAAGGAAAUGAUUCAGUGGACAAUGACGAAAGGUUUCACGGUGUUGGUAAACCAUAUUAGUUCGUGUCAUGCUCUAACACUCACAUGAAUCAGUUUUUACAACUUUUGAAAGUUCAACCUUUGAGAGAAAUCCGGAAGAGUUUGUGACUGAUUUUGAUAUCUCUGCAGUUAAUGUUGUUAGUUGAGUUGAGACCCACUUGGCUUUUAAUAAGACACAUCAUUUAGACGUUUCAGCAAACUCUGAUCAGAAACCAACAAAGAAUGAAGAUCUUUUUCAUCUUUUUCAUUUUCUUAUUAUCCCUCUUGUUCCAAUCUUGUUUCUCUGACAACACGAUCCAGAGAAGACAGUCUUUGAAAGAUGGUGAUGUUAUGUUCUCUGAAGGAAAGAGAUUUUCUUUUGGAUUCUUCAGCCUGGGGAAUUCAAAGCUCAGGUAUGUUGGGAUUUGGUAUGCUCAAGUCUCUGAGCAGACUAUUGUAUGGGUUGCAAACAGAGACCAUCCUAUUAAUGACACAUCUGGUCUGAUCAAGUUCAGCAGCAGAGGGAAUCUUUGUGUGUAUGCGUCUGUCAAUGGAACAGAGCCUCUCUGGUCUACUGGUGUUAUCGAUAUGAUCUCAGAACCUGCUUUAGUUGCGAAGCUAACUGAUUUAGGCAACCUUGUUCUGCUUGAUCCUGUCACAGGGAAAAUUUUCUGGGAGAGCUUUAAUCAUCCUACAAACACUUUGCUUCCUUUUAUGAAGUUUGGAUUCACUCGUCAAGAUGAUGUGGAUCGUAUUAUGACAUCGUGGAGAUCACCUGGUGACCCUGGUCCUGGAAACAUUACAUACCGGAUAGAACGUAGAGGGUUUACUCAGAUGAUGAUGUACAAGGGUCCGACUCUGUGGUGGCGUACUGGGUCAUGGACAGGACAGAGAUGGAGCGGUGUGCCUGAAAUGACAAACAAGUUUAUCUUCAAUGUCUCGUUUGUGAGUAACCCGGAUGAAGUAUCAAUCACUUAUGGAGUGUUGGAUGCUUCAGUUAUAACACGGAUGGUGCUAAACGAGACGGGAACUCUGCAACGGUUCAGCUGGAACGGGAGGGAGAAGAGAUGGAUCGGGUUCUGGUCAGCUCCUGAGGAUAAGUGUGACAUCUACAACCACUGUGGCUUUAACGGUUACUGCGAUUCCACCAGUACAGACAAGUUUGAGUGCUCUUGCUUACCGGGGUACGAGCCUAGGACACCCCGAGAUUGGUUCUUAAGAGAUGCUUCGGAUGGGUGCGCGAGGAUAAAACCAGCUUCGAUAUGUAGUGGGAAAGAAGGGUUUGCAAAGUUGAAGCGAGUGAAGAUUCCAAAUACAUCAGCUGUAAAUGUUUAUAUGAACAUAACAUUGAAGGAAUGCGAACAGAGGUGCGUGAAGAACUGUUCUUGUGUCGCUUAUGCGAGUGCAUACCACGAGAGCGAAGACGGAGAAAAAGGGUGCUUGACAUGGCAUGGAAAUAUGUUGGAUACAAGGACGUACUUGAGCUCGGGACAAGACUUCUACCUACGCGUUGAUAAGGCAGAGUUAGCGCGGUGGAAUGGAAAUGGCUCAUCAGGGAAGAGGAGAAUUUUUGUAAUCCUUAUCAGUUUGGCUGUAGUCGUGAUGUUACUAAUGAUCAGUUUGUUCUGUUUCAUAAGGAAACGACGACAGACUAAUAGGCGUAGAAAAGCUUCAAGAAGCUUCGCUCCGAGUUCUUUUGAUCUUGAAGACUCAUUCAUACUGGAAGAGCUUGAGGACAAAUCUAGAAGCCGGGAGUUGCCUCUCUUUGAGGUUAGCACGAUUGCUGCAGCAACGAAUAACUUCGCUUUUCAAAACAAGCUUGGAGCAGGUGGGUUUGGACCUGUUUAUAAGGGAGUGUUACAAAAUGGUAUGGAGAUAGCAGUGAAGCGGUUAUCGAAAAACUCGGGACAAGGAAUGGAAGAGUUCAAGAACGAGGUCAAGUUGAUAUCGAAGUUGCAGCAUCGAAAUCUCGUGAGGAUCUUAGGAUGUUGUGUUGAAUUUGAAGAGAAGAUGUUGGUAUACGAGUAUUUACCAAACAAGAGCCUAGACUAUUUCGUAUUCCAUGAGGAGCAAAGAGCGGCGUUAGAUUGGCCAAAACGAAUGGGGAUAAUCCGCGGGAUUGCUCGUGGAGUCUUGUAUCUUCAUCAAGAUUCAAGACUGAGGAUCAUCCAUAGAGACCUCAAGGCCAGCAAUGUACUUCUUGACAACGAUAUGAUACCGAAGAUUGCAGAUUUCGGCCUGGCUAGAAUCUUUGGGGGCAACCAAAUCGAAGGAAGCACAAAUCGAGUCGUUGGAACAUACGGGUACAUGUCACCAGAGUAUGCAAUGGACGGCCAGUUCUCUAUUAAAUCCGACGUCUACAGCUUUGGAGUAUUGAUCUUAGAGAUCGUAACGGGAAAGAAAAAUAGUGCUUUCUAUGAGGAGUCUUUGAAUCUAGUGAAACAUAUUUGGGAUCGAUGGGAAAAAGGUGAAGCAACGGAGAUCAUAGACAACUUAAUGGGUGAAGAGACUUAUGAUGAGAGCGAAGUAAUGAAGUGCAUACACAUUGGGUUACUUUGCGUGCAAGAAAACGCUUCGGACAGACCAGACAUGUCCUCUGUUGUCUUCAUGUUAGGUCAUAACGCCAUUGAUCUUCCAUCUCCGAAGCAUCCUGCGUUUACAGCGGGAAGGAGGAGAAACGUCAAAAGUGGCGGCAGCUCAGAUAAUUGGCCCACCGGAGAAACCGCUAGUACUGUUAAUGACGUUACUCUCUCCGAUGUCCGAGGUCGUUAACAAGUGUCAACGUAAGUAUCAAUUUAUAUCACAAUAUUUAUAUUUGUUUAUAUAGAAAUUUUUUUGAAUAAACGUAUGCAAAAUCAUGUUUAUAAAGUUACAAAAUACCUAAUGAAAAGGAAAAGUUAUACAUUAUCGGCAUCAGAUUAUUAAUACUGUUUGUUUA